UUCCUUGUCCAAAUGCGUUAUGGCAUUUGGAUGGGAAUCACAAACUUAUUCAACCGUAUCGUAUUGUAAUUCAUGGUGGCAUAGAUGGGUAUUCUAGAAUGAUUGUCUUCUUAAGAGCAUCAACAAACAACCAAGCAUCUACUGUAAUGGAAUGCUUUAGGGAUGCUGUUAAUCAGUACAACUUACCUUCACGUGUGCGUACUGAUUUAGGGUUAGAGAAUAUUGAAGUUGCUCGAUUUAUGCUUCAAUAUCGUGGUCUGAAUAGAGGCAGCUGCAUAACAGGUACAUCUGUUCACAACCAGCGUAUUGAACGACUUUGGCGUGAAGUUAACUCAAUUGUGUGUAGUCGUUUUAUCAAUAUUUUGCAUACCUUGAAACUAAUUCUAGACACUAAUAAUGAAAUUCAUUUGAUUGCAUUACAUUUGGUGUACAUCCCACUCAUUAACAAUGCACUGCAGAAAUUAAGUGAAUUGUGGAAUUGCCAUUCUUUGAGCACCGAGGGAAAUCUUAGCCCAAGGCAGCUUUGGGUACAAGGAAUUGUUGCUAAUCAAAAUAGCGAUUUUAGUGCUGUGACUAGCAUUCGAGAUGGGUUACAAAUAGAUUGGAAUGAGUAUGGAGUUGAAGAAGAUGGCCCAGUUUCAGAAUUGCAGUCAAAUUAUCGUGUUAGAGUGCCAUCUUCAACAGUAUGUUUAACAGAAAAUCAUGUUGAACACCUAAAUAAUAUUGCUCAGAGACUAAGGGGCAGGAGACCAAGAUGGACUGAUAGUUUUUAG